AUGUCCGGAAACAAGUUCCGCAUGACCCUCGGUCUCCCCGUCGGAGCCGUUAUGAACUGCUGCGACAACUCAGGUGCAAAGAACCUCUACAUCAUCUCCGUCAAGGGCAUCGGAGCCAGACUCAACAGGCUCCCUGCAGCCGGUGUCGGUGACAUGGUCAUGGCUACCGUCAAGAAGGGAAAGCCAGAGCUCCGUAAGAAGGUUAUGCCUGCUAUUGUUGUCAGGCAGCGCAAGCCUUGGCGUCGUCGAGACGGUGUCUUCCUCUACUUUGAGGACAACGCAGGUGUUAUUGUCAACCCUAAGGGCGAGAUGAAGGGAUCAGCCAUCACUGGACCAGUCGGUAAGGAGGCUUCAGACAUUUGGCCCCGUAUCGCGUCAAACUCUGGCGUCGUGUGCUAG